AUGCGAAGCCUAAUUAAAUUUUUGGGUACCACUCUGAUCGAGCUAAACAUAUUCUCAUUACGUGAUAUGAGCAGUGGUAUGGAUCGAAUAACAGCUAAACGUCUUGGUCGAUGGGCGACUCGUCUCUACAUUGUUUUAUUCAUCGGUGGUCUUUGUGUUCUCACCAUCUAUACUAUAGUUCAGCCACAUGCAGUGACAAAAACGUUUGAUAUAUCAUCUUUUAGUAUUUACAACGAUUCACAAAAAAAAUAUGGAGAUGAAUUAAAAUGUCCGUGUUCAGUGAUUGCAUCGAUUUAUGAUCAAUUUGUCGAAAUUGAACCAAUAUUUCAUGAGAUCUGUUCGAGUGCAUUUGCAACAAAACAAUACCGAAAUGAGCUUAUAGCUGGUCUAGUUUCUAACUUAUCUAUUUAUGUAACAAGAGAUUAUCGUCGUUUUCUUUCUGCUCAUUUACAAGCUCUGCAAGGAUUAUGUGAACUCUCUAAAACAUCAGUAUACGAUUCUAUUAAUCAGUUUCGUACUUCGCUUUUUGUAACUUUUCAACUUCUAUCUGAAAAAAAUUUUCGUGAUCAACUUAAUUCGUUAAUCGAGCAAACUAAAUCAAAUGUUCCUACUACAUUCCGUCAACUUCUCUUCUUAAUUCGAAAUAUCAAUCAUGGAAAUGCUUACAUGUCAACAUAUACAACAAAUUUCGAAUAUAUUGGUGCUCCGAAUGCACCUACAUAUACUUAUGCAUUCACUCGAGCUAUAAUAUAUGAUGGAUGUUCUUGUGGACUAUAUUUAAAUUGUACAAGUCAAGCAAAUUUUAUCGAAUCAAAUUCAUCUAAACUGAUUCCAGUCAAAGGCUUAAAAAUAGGUUGUACUCCAAGCGAAUCAUUUCGUGCUUCGACUCUUGAAUGUUUUUAUGAUCGUUCAUGUAUUGAUCUUAUUCAUGAAUAUACUAACUACACGAAAUCUCAUAAUCCUCUCUUGGCCAAUACGAGUCGUUUCUCAAUAAACACUACAAUAGCUGAACUUAUCGAUAAUCUAUUCAUCGAAAAAUGGAACACAAAGAUGAAUUAUUCAUCUUACUUUCAUAAAUGUUCUCCAUUGCAUUGUUCAUAUACUUAUAUUCAAAAAAAAAGCAGCUUUAUCUAUACAAUAACUAUCUUACUUGGUCUUCAAGGUGGUUUAUCUAUUGUUCUUAAAUGGCUUUGUCCUAAAAUAGUUCGAAUUGCAUCUAAAGUAAAUGAUUAUCGAAAAAAACGAACAAGUACUAUUCAUCCUGUCAACUCUAUUGAAAUAACACCGAAUGUUACUCUUAGCACAACCAUACAUAAUCCUGCUUGUAAUUCAGAACCAACACCAACGCAUAUAACAUCUCAAACAAUUGUCACUACAUCAAUUCGAUGCUCUUGGAAGAUCCUCCUCGGAUGUCUACUACUGAUUUCGGCCAUAGUAGUUCUAACUAUUUUUUCAUUUUGUGUCGCCCAACAAGGGCCAUUUUGUAAAUUAGAUUUUCGACCAAUAUCAAUAAAUAUAUCGACUAUUGAUUAUGGUGGUCUAAUGUUUGUUGUUGCUGAUUUCAACGAGGACAGUCGACUUGAUACUGUGGUUUUUUCUGAACAUCUCGAAAGUGCGAUUUUACUGCUUGAAAAUGGUCACGAAACUUUUACAGCAGAAACUAUUUUUCCAAAAGGAAGUUUUAAGUCUGUGUACAUUAUGGAAGUUGGUGAUUUCAAUAAUGAUAAUCGAGCCGAUCUCGUCUUUACCAUUGGAAAUUCAGAAUAUGUAAAUAUUCUUUUUGGAAAUGGGAACGGAACUUUUAGAAUCCGGAAUAUAACAUUAGGGACAACGAAAUGUAUACCUAACGACAUCGCUGUAGCCGACUUCAAUCAUGACAAUUAUUCAGAUAUUGCUGUCAUUAAUACUGAGAAUGCUAAUGUUUGUGUGUUUCUUGGAAAUGUAAACGACACUUUUUCAUCGCAGCUGAUGUUUUCUACUGGACAUAAUAGUAAGCCUAAAUCCCUGACGGUCAGUGACUUUAAUAGUGAUAGACACGUAGAUAUUGCUGUUACCAAUAAUAGAGCUCUGAAUGUUGGUAUAUUUCUUGGAUUCGGUAAUGGAACUUUUGAAGCACAGAAGCGAUCUUUUACUUUUAUUGGUUCUAAUCCGAGCCAUAUUGUAAGCGGUGAUUUUGAUGGUGAUGGUCAACCAGAUAUCGUUAUUUCUAAUGAAAAGGUAAACAUAGUCACUGUGUUAUCUAAAUAUAGAAAUGGAUUUUUCACCGUCAAGAAGAAGUUUAUCAUGAAAUCUAACGGCGCAGCAUCUACAAUUGCUGUAGGUGAUUUUAACGGUGAUGGACAUUUAGAUAUUGUUGCUGCUACGAACGAUCAAUAUAGUAUAGAUGUACUACUUGGAUAUGGAGAUGGUCAUUUUGACACGCAAAACAUAUUAUCGGAUAAACUGAUCAGUUAUGACUCUAUUAUUGGUGUUUAUGAUUUUAAUAAUGAUACUUAUCAAGAUAUAAUCAUUACACAUCCUCGCUAUGGUUCUAUAGAUAUUCUUUUAAACAUCUGUGAAUGUUAUGCUCAUGGAAUUCUCAAGAGAUAA